AUGACCGCCAACGGAUACACACUGCACAACGGCGACCUGUCGUACGGCGCCGCUUCGCAGUCUCCACCCCAGGCACAGUCGCAGCAACCUCAGCCCAACAACCUCAAUUCCAACCCGGCGGCGCACACUCGCACAUACCAGGCAUGCAUACCUUGCCGUCAGCGAAAGGUCCGUUGCGACCUGGGAUCGGUCGACAACCCGAACGAUCCACCAUGCACUCGAUGCCGGCGUGAGGCCAAGGAGUGCUACUUUUCUGCGACCCGACGCAAGAAAAAGAACGCGACCGGCGAUGGCAAUGGCUCCGAGGCUGGCGAUGAUUCGAUCUACGAGGUUCGCACCAACAGAAAGCGAUUGAGGACUUCAGCUCCUCCUGAUCCGGUCGAUGAUAACGAGGAGUAUGAAGAACCACCUCGGACACCAGGGGGUUCCGUAGGGCGAACGCAGCCAUUACGAAGGCCGACCGGCAAGCAAGUUCAAUAUGGCGAAGAAGAGGAGAAGAAGAGUGAAGCAAUGGCUGCUUUCUUUCAGCGUUCUGAGGUGCAUGGAGGACACGAUGCGCUCAAUGUCUUGUAUCACGCAGCAGUACAUGGCAGAUCUGACAGCACGACCAGCAGUAGCGCUCGGCCCACGAUGAAUGGGUUCACGAGCGGCUCUCUACCAGACGCAACUAGCCCUGUCAUCGAGAAGGUCGGCAACGUGAGCUACACCAACGGUCCGAUGGCGAUGUUCCAAAACGACGAUUUGUGGAAGACGCGACCCGACAAGAACUCUUCGGCCGGGGCAAAUACUGAUUCUGUCCCUACCGACCUCGCCUCUUACACAACUGCAAUGAAGGCCUGGUCUCGCUUCAAGUUCGUGCGCUCUGGGUGGUUUACGGCGCGAGAAGGCAUCGAAUACAUCCUGUACUUCUACAAGCACCUCUCGCCGCUCACUCCCGUAGCAUUCCCGGAUUUCCGGCAGCCUGCAACUCACCAGAAACUAUUGGAAGAUGAGCCAAUGCUGGCCAUCACCAUUUUGCUCAUUGCCUCUCGACAUAUGAAGCUCAAUGGACCAGGCUCCCAGAGUCGACCAUACGCCAUUCACCAAGCUCUUUGGAGCCACCUCUCGGGUAUGAUUGACAGACUGGUUUGGGGCCAGGAGCAGUUCGGUGGUGGGUUCUGUGGUGCGGGCGGUCAGCCCGGCUGCGAUGUUAAUCCGCUCACUCGCAAAGGCCUGAGAACAUUGGGCUCUGUGGAGUCUUUGGUGCUUUUGACCGAGUGGCACCCACGCGCCAUGCACUUCCCGCCAAACGAGGACGACGACGAUCUCAUGAUUCCUGACAAGCCCGCCGAUGCUCCUGACCUCUUUGGUGCCGACAAUAUUCCGAAGGGCAUCGGUGGACAUCGCAUGGACGCCUGGUUGGAACCGUGCUGGCGCAGUGAUCGCAUGUGCUGGAUGCUUCUUGGCAUGGCAAUGUCGCUUGCAAUGGAAAUCGGCGUUUUCGAUUCGAGCGAGUGGCAGCGCCAUGCUCGUUCUGCUGACGGUAGCCCAUUGUCUGCGGAGGACAUCACUGCUUACGACAAGCGCCGCGGAAGUGUACGAGAUCUACUUCUCGUGUAUGUUACUCAGACAAGCGGCCGAUUGGGACUCACCUCGAUGCUGCCAAGCUACUACAGCAAGCCCGAGGACAGCGACCUCUUCAAGAAACAAGUCGGACAGCAGGACAGUGUCCAGGAGAUUACUUUCCACUUCUGGCUUCGUAUCGCAGCGCUGCUGAGGGAAGGCAACAAUAAGAUAUUUGCCAACAAGAGCUACACUCGCGAUCUCAUUCGCAAUGGCGAUUACAAAGCUGUACUCGCGCAACUUCAAGAGCCUUUGCGACAAUGGCGCCAGGACUUUGAUGAUUGCAAGGUGAUACCCAAGCACAUGCGAUCCAUUUUGGAGAUUGAGUUUGAAUACUGCCGCGUCUACAUGAACGCCUUGAGUCUGCAAGCCAUGGCUGAGAGGUGUGCAAAUGAUCACCCAUCGCCCAUCGAUCCUCCUCUCGAGAUGGCUCGCUCCGCGAUUGCCAAUGGCGUUCACACUGAAGCUGCUAUCCCGCCGGCUACACUGUCGAAGUGGCUUGGUGGCGAUCGCCACUACAUCCAGACAGUUGGUGACUCAGCACGCAACCUCUUGAAGGUCGUAGUCGAGGGUCUGUAUCCCGAUGGCUUCCUGAGACACGCACCGGUCCGAACCUACUUCCGCAUCAUCAGCGUGGCUAUUAUGCUACUGAAGUCCUUUGCUCUGGGCGCUACUGAAGGAGACGUCAAUGACUCGCUUUCACUGCUUGAUCGGACUGUUGAGGCCCUCCGAAGUUGCAUUGUCGAUGAUGUCCACGUCGCUAGUCGCUUUGCCGAUCUUCUGGACACUGCGACGCAGAAUCUGAAGCCUCUACUUGUCCGCAUGCGCUCUGACGGACGAGGGGGUCGUGGUCGUCACGUCGGUCGUCAGGAAAGCUCUCACGCCAACCCUGCUGUCGCUGCCAGUAUCCCACAAGCUUUUCAGGGACAGGGCCAGGCACAGGCCACCGCCGGCGCUGCCCAGCAGCCACAGCCGCAGCAGCAAUGGCACUACAACAACAGCAUGAUGGCAGAUGGACAAAUGGCGGGAGCAAAUCCGAUGUACGGCAUAUCGAACGAUACUUACGAUCUAAUGGCUACCGACAACGGCUUCUCCGUCAUGCCACCACCCGGCUUCAGCAUCAGCUCUCCCAGCGCCGGAAACGUAGGCAAUAUGGCCAAUGGUUCUGCCAACGGCACCUAUGACUCUUACGCCAACAAUUUCGGCGAGCAGCAGGAUUGGCUGGCGAUUCCACUUGACCCCAUUAUCCACAUGCCUGGCGCGGACGUGAAUCAGACACAGUAUGGAACAGAAGGUAAGAUACCAUGUUAAUUCCCGCUGCUUGCCUUGGGAACCUGAAACUGAUCUUGUUGUCUAGUCAAUGGUCACGACAUGCUGGAACUAUUACUGAACCAGGUUUCUCAUCACACAAAUCACUUCUAG